AUUAUCCUGCAGGAAGGUUUAAAACGCUGCAGGGGCUGCAGAUCACGCCACUGGAGGUGGAACCUGUCAAGGUAAAACAGCUUCUUUACAUCAACCUAUGUGUAUAAAAUGUUAUAUUACUGUUAGCUCUGUGCUGAAUACUAAUAUCAUGAUUUACUGUAUUGUGCAUCUGAUUCAUGGAACAUAAAACAAUCCAUCUCAUUUCGAAUGUUAGAUUUUUUACUAAGCUGGAGAGGCAGUUUUUUUGUGAUUUCAGAACUCUUUAGUAAAUGAUAGGCAAGCCCUACAAAUGGUCAUCUUAAUGUAUUCAGUCCAUCAGCAAUACUCCAGCCACCCUAGUCUCCAGCCACCCUAGUCAUAGACUGUUCUCUCUGCUACCGCACGGCAAGCGGUACCGGAGUGCCAAGUCUAGGUCCAAAAGACUUCUCAACAGCUUCUACCCCCAAGCCAUAAGACUCCUGAACAGCUAAUCAUGGCUACCCGGACUAUUUGCACUGCCCCCCCCACCCCAUCCUUUUUACGCUGCUGCUACUCUGUUAAUUAUUUAUGCAUAGUCACUUUAACUCUACCCACAUGUACAUAUUACUUCAACUACCUCAACUAGCCGGUGCCCCCGCACAUUGACUCUGCAACGGUACCCCCCUGCAUAUAUAGCCUCCCUACUGUCACUUUAUUUUACUUCUGCUCUUUUUUCUCUCAACACUUUUUUUGUUGUUGUUUUAUUUUUACUUUUUUUGUAAAAAAUAAAUGCACUGUUGGUUAAGGGCUGUAAGUAACCAUUUCACUGUGAUGUCUGCACCUGUUGUAUUCGGCACAUGUGACCAAUACAAUUUGAUUUGAUUUGAUUUGAUAUGCAAGGAAGUGUCUGAAAUACUGUAGAUGGGGAACGCAUGGGUAUCUAUGUGGUUAUGCCAGCAACAAGGAACACUGACCAUUUUCCAGAUUGAAGGUGGUGAAUCUAAAAAAUGCACAGUGUAGCACUCUGCUAAUGUCAGUUCAGAUAGGUAAGCUGAUGUGUGUGUGUGUGUGUGUGUGUGUGUGUGUUUGUGUGUUCCUAGAUGAGGCUGACUUUCCUGGUCGUCCUGGGAGUGCUGCAACUCUGCAGGCCAGUCUUCCUCUCAGACCCCCUGCUCUACACCUCUCAGCUGGAGGAGGGGCAGGAUGCACCCUAGCAGUGAGUCUGAUUAUAUUACACCAGAGGAGGCUGGUGGGAGGAGCUAUUCCAUUCCAGACAUUACAAUGAGCUCGUCCUCCUAUAGCGCCUCCUACCAGCCUCCCCUGUAUUACAGCCUAUUACACAAACACGUUGAUCAAAAACCUUCAACUGGGUCUCAUAGUGUAAAAAUGUUGUCUGAAUAUUCUCUACCAAACUAAAUAAUUGUAUUUAUUUUAUUUAUUUAACCUUUAUUUUAUCAGGGAGUCAUAAUGAGACCAAGGUCUCUUUUACAGCUGAACCCUGAAUUACAGAAAUGACAGAAAAUACAUGCAUCAAUAUAAAUACAAAAUGCAAGCAGAAAGAACAACAUUGUCAUAAAAAAACACACAUUCAUCAGUAAUAAGGUCCUCAAUCAGCUUUCUGAAUUGCCCUAGAGGCACCAAAACAUAAAAUUUAAGAAAAUGUUGAAGAUUGUUCCACAAAUAAGGUGCAAGAAAACUAAAAGCUGAUUUACCUAACUCAGUAGAGACCAAAGGAAUUUCCAGAGUUAACCAUCCCUGAGACCCGGUGUGGUAACUCGUAUGUCUAACGUUUAGUAAAGAUGUUAGGUACAGUAGGACUUUUUGUAAAAAGGCUUUAUAAAUGAAAACAUAGAAAUGUAUCAACCUGCGUGACAUCAAAGAGGGCCAACCAACUUUCUGGUAGAGAAUGCAGUGAUGAGUACUAAAAUUGUUGCUCGUAAUAUUCUUCUUAACUAACUCAUAAUGAGUGAAUGAAGCCAAAGAGGUUAGAUUUCAACUCCACAAAAGAUACUCCAUUGCAACCUAUGACCUUUGCUUUCUGUACUCCAUCACAGAGCCCUGGCUCAACCCUCUGCUGGAAGAUGUGGUCCCUGAUCUGGACAUCCACAGUCCAUCCACACUGACAGAGACCUCAGAUCUAGAGCCCCAGUUCCCAGACUCCCUGUUUAUGUAUGGGGAGAACGCCAACCUUAAAUGGGUAAAAUGGGAACAGUCCCUCCCUAAUGGUGCUGUGGGCAUCUACAACAGUUACACCGAACGACAUGACUACAUCUGCAAAGUCAACUGCGAAGCCGGCUUCUACACCGCAAGCAAAGGCAGUUUCUGCCAGUACCCCUAUGCUGACAAGGAGCAUUCAUCCUCCAAGUUCGAAGUCCUGGUCAAUGUGGACAACUUUGAGUUUGUGGAGUGGAUCGAGGAGGAAUAUGGUGCUGUCCCCCAACAUUCUGUCAAGACCUGCCAAGGCGUUGAGAUAUACGUCGGCAAGAACAAAUACGGUCUGGGAAAGGUUGUGACCCAACAUAAAGCCUUCUUCUUGCCUUGGGAGGGCGAUGAGUACUGGUACAAGAGGUACCAGGUCCUGGCCAUCAACAGGGACGCCUACAGCCAGCACAUCUCUCACGUGGAGUAUGCCAUCGACCAGAUCGAGCUGUUCAACCACCCUCCUGAGACCAUGCAGUUUGUCAGGGUCACCAACCUGGAGUGCAGCAGUGUGGAGAAGAAGGUCUUGCUGGAGAAGACCAGCACUGUGGAGAAGACCUGGGACAUUGGCAGGGAGAGCCGCAACAGCUCCACCACCAUGACGGCCAAGGUGCCCAUUAUCAGCCCAGGCACCGUGGACUUCACCAAGGAGCAGACGGUGAGCUUCUCAGAGGGAACCACCAUGGUGGAGUCUAUCAGCCACUCCAUCUCUGUGGAGCUGCUGGUCCCUCCCAACCACUCCUGUGCCGUGCGGAUGGAGGGCAGGAAGAUGACCGCCGACAUCCCCUUCACGGGUAGGCUGAGCCGGACCUACCAUAACGGAGACACCCACUGGACCACCAUCAUAGGCACUUAUGAUGGUGUGAGGGUGGGGGAGAUCAAUGCUGUGGUGGAGAGAUGCCAGCCUGUCCCUGAUGCCAUACCCUGCUACCCCAUUGAGACAGACUACUGAGACAGAAGAACUCUAGAUGUGAGAACUUUAAACUCCAAUGUGCCCGUGGUAUAUCCCUCCAGACACAACGUGAACAAAUUAUAACCCUUGUGUCACAAUACCUUUUCAUCAAUAAACUGAUAUAACUCCAUAUUCAGAUAAAAGAGCCAGUCAAUUUAGUUUUGUGAUCAAGAAAAGCAUUUUUUCCCAGUGUAACUAUUUUCCAGACAAAAAAUAUGAUCUUGGUGCAACAUUUUGUGUAACUUUUCUUGAUUUACCUCAUGUACUCCUGUAGGCUACAUGCACAUAUAGUCGUAUCAUCAUCAUCAUAAUUUGUUUUAAUGGCCUAUAAGUGAAAUAUCAUUUCAGCACAAAGUUACACAAGGCUGAAAGGUAAAACAUCACUAUAUUACACUGUGCGUUUGCUAUGAGUGUGUAGGCAUGUAUAAGUGCAUUUAUAAACCUCCUAGCUAGGUGGCGGUACGAUUAAAAAUACCAGACGUUGGUCACAAUGAGCUCUCUCACUUCUCUGGCCACCAAUCUCUUUGACUAAUGUUUGAAGUUGCAUGGCAGGUCUAGUUCAGUAACAGAACUACUCUUUUCCAACGUUUCUUCUUUUGUGUUCACAAUUGUAUUGAUAAAUUCGAAAUGUCAACGCUAUAAACAUUUAAAAUAGGUUUGUUUAUAAAUUAAGUGAAAUGUCAGGAGUACAUUAUUGAAUCCGAGAUAUUGAUGGUCACAGACAGUAGCAUAUUGACACAACAAGAUUAAAGUGUUUAUGACAUUGGCUCUUCUGCAGUCAUGAGAAACGUCACUGUUGCUGGUAAACUUUGGUAUUGUGUGUCACCAUUUUUCAAAACGCUGUUGAAAUUUGUCACAAUGAGACGACUUUUAUCGACAAUGAUAAACCGAGCGUUGCUGACUGAAGCCUUUCCACCAAUAAUGGACAGUGAAGCAGGAGUCCACACAAAUGCUCGUCGGAGGCUGGUAAGUAAAUUAUUCAAGAAAGACUGCUGCACAAAUGUCUUCUGGUCUAGUGCACUGCAGCCAAUUGUCUUGCUCACAGAGUUUGAUACGUAAUAAUCGUAGGUCUACCUCUUGUUGCAAUGUUGCUGUUGGCAUAGCAGCCCAUCCCUACAAUGUAAUAAUGUUGUAGGCGACAAUGUAAUACCACAGCGGACAGUGUGUCAACAGGGCGCAUCGGAUGCUGUACAUGAUGUUGUUCACAGUAGCCUACAAUUUAGCAAACAUCGCAUUAUUAACUGUUUAUAAGUAUUUGCUAAUAUUAUAAUUACAAUUUAUCUAAAUGGAAUUUAAAUGUAGUGGCUUACCUAGUCAAAAGUUCCACAAUAAGACACAUUUAAAAGUAAAUGUAAUGUAGGAGUGCUACAUUAAAUGUACUUUCACAUUUGUCUUACUGUGUUUGGUAGCCUGAGAGCACUCUAUGUUUUAAUGUUAUAAUACAAAAACGUUGCUCCUGGUUGUUAUUGACUUGUCUGUCAAUGAGUAGUCUAAGUCUACAGCUAUAUUCUCAAAUUGAUUAGCCUACCCCCUAGUUAACCAACAACUGCCUAAAAGUUAAACGAAUUCUUAAAGGGAAAUUUCCCAAUAUUUUUGCUUCAUAUUCACCAUCUCCAGCACCACCGCAACAUCAACAUGUGUGAAAAUUGCACGUUUCUAUGUUUUGUAGUAAAAAAGAUAGACAUCAUCGGUGUGCAUCUUGUAAACUUAACCAAUUAUGAGUAGGCAUUGCCUACUAAUUGUCUACUAAUUGGUUGAUGUCAUUGGAAACGCUAAUCUUCCUUUUACUACAAAACAUAGAAACCCACAAUUUUUACAUACAGUACCAGUCAAAAGGACACACCUACUCAUUCAAGGGUUUUUCUUUAUUUUUACUAUUUUCUACAUUGUAGAAUAAUAGUGAAGACAUCAAAACUAUGGAAUAACACAUAUGGAAUCAUGUAGUAACGAAAAAGGUGUUAAACAAAUCAAAAUAUAUUUUAUAUUUGAGAUUCUUCAAAGUAGCCACCCUUUGCCUUGAUGACAGCUUUGCACACUCUUGGCAUUCACUCAACCAGCUUCAUGAGGAAUGCUUUUCCAACAGUCUUGAAGGAGUUCCCAUAUAUGCUGAGCACUUGUUGGCUGCUUUUCCUUCACUCUACGGUCCAACUCAUCCCAAACCAUCUCAAUUGGGUUGAGGUCGGGGGAUUGUGGAGGCCAGGUCAUCUGAUGCAGCACUCCAUCACGCUCCUUGGUCAAAUAGCCCGUACAAAUCAAAUCAAAUCAAAUUUUAUUUGCCACAUGCGCCGAAUACAACAGGUGUAGACAUUACAGUGAAAUGCUUACUUACAAGCCCUUAACCAACAAUGACAUUUUUUAAAGUGUUAAGUAAAAAAAAUAAAAGCAAAUAACUAAAGAGCAGCAGUAAAAUUAAAUAAAAUAACAGUAGGGAGGCUAUAUACAGGGGGGUACCGGUGCAGAGUCAAUGUGCGGGGGCACCGGCUAGUCGAGGUAAUUGAGGUAAUAUGUACAUGUGGGUAGAGUUAAAGUGACUAUGCAUAAAUAAUAAACAGAGUAGCAGCAGCGUAAAAGAUGGGGGUGGGGGGGCAGUGCAAAUACAUUUUUUACAUUUUAGUCACUUAUCCAUAGCGACUUACAGUUAGUGACUGCAUACAUUUUUUUCUUCCCAUACUGGCCCCCCGUGGGAAACGAACCCACAACCCUGGCGUUGCAAGCGCCAUGCUCUACCAACUGAGCUACACAGGGCAAAUAGUCCGGGUAGCAAUGAUUAGCUCUUCAGGAGUCUUAUGGCUUGGGGGUAGAAGCUGUUGAGAAGCCUUUUGGACCUAGACUUGGCGCUCUGGUACCGCUUGCCGUGCGGUAGCAGAGAGAACCCUCUGUAGCUCAAUUGGUAGAGCACGGCGCUUGUAAGGCCAGGGUAGUGGGUUCGAUCCCCGGGACCACCCAUACAUAAAGAUGUACGCACGCAUGACUGUAAGUCGCUUUGGAUAAAAGCGUCUGCUAAAUAGCGUAUUAUUAUUAUUAUUAUUAUUAUAGAACAGUCUAUGACUAGGGUGACUGGAGUCUUUGACAAUUUUGAGGGCCUUCCUCUGACACCACCUGGUAUAGAGGUCCUGGAUGGCAGGAAGCUUGGCCCCAGUGAUGUACUGGGCUGUACGCACUACCCUCUGUAGUGCCUUGCGGUCGGAGGCCGAGCAGUUGCCAUACCAGGCGGUGAUGCAACUAGUCAGGAUGCUCUCGAUGGUGCAGCUGUAUAACUUUUUGAGGAUCUGAGGACCCAUGCCAAAUCUUUUCAGUCUCCUGAGGGGGCAUAGGCUUUGUCGUGCCCUCUUCACGACUGUCUUGGUGUGUUUGGACCAUGAUAGUUUGUUGGUGAUAUGCACACCAAGGAACUUGAAGCUCUCAACCUGUUCCACUACAGCCCCGACGAUGAGAAUGGGGGCGUGCUCAGUCCUCUUUUUUUUCCUGUAGUCCACAAUCAUCUCCUUUGUCUUGAUCACGUUGAGGGAGAGGUUGUUAUCCUGGCACCACACGGCCAGGUCUCGGACCUCCUCCCUAUAGGCUGUCUCAUCAUUGUCGGUGAUCAGGCCUACCACUGUUGUGUCGUCAGCAAACUUUUAAUGAUGGUGUUGGAGUCGUGCCUGGCCAUGCAGUCAUGGGUGAACAGGGAGUACAGGAGGGGACUGAGCACGCACCCCUGAGGGGCCCCCGUGUUGAGGAUCAGCGUAGCAGAUGUGUUGUUACCUACCCUUACCACCUGGGGGCAGCCCAUCAGGAAGUCCAGGAUCCAGUUGCAGAGGGAGGUGUUUAGUCCCAGGACCCUUAGCUUAGUGAUGAGCUUUGAGGGCACUAUGGUGUUGAACGCUGAGCUGUAGUCAAUGAACAGCAUUCUCACGUAGGUGUUCCUCUUGUCCAGGUGGGAAAGGGCAGUGUGGAGUGGAAUAGAGAUUGCAUCAUCUGUGGAUCUGUUGUGGUGGUAUGCAAAUUAGAGUGGGUCUAGGGUUUCUGGGAUAAUGGUGUUGAUGUGAGCCAUGACCAGCCUUUCAAAGCACUUCAUGGCUACAGACGUGAGUGCUACGGGUCGGUAGUCAUUUAGGCACGUUAUCUUAGUGUCCUUUGGCACAGGGACUAUGGUGGUCUGCUUGAAACAUGAUGGUAUUACAGACUCAGUCAGGGACAUGUUGAAAAUGUCAGUGAAAACACUUGCCAGUUGGUCAGCACAUGCUCUGAGUACACGUCCUGGUAAUCCGUCUAGCCCAGCGGCCUUGUGAAUGUUGACCUGCUUAAAAGUCUUACUUACAUCGGCUACGGAGAGCGUGAUCACAUAGUCAUCCGGAACAGCUGGUGCUCUCAUGCAUGCUUCAGUGUUGCAUGCCUCGAAGCGAGCAUACAAGUGAUUUAGCUCGUCUGGUAGUCUUGUGUCACUGGGCAGCUUGCGGCUGUGCUUCCUUUUGUAGUCUGUAAUAGUUUUCAAGCCCUGCCACAUCCGACGAAUGUCAGAGCCGGGGUAGUACGAUUCAAUCUUAGUCCGGUAUUGACUCUUUGCCUGUUUGAUGGUUUGUCGGAAAUGUUCCGUAUUGACUGACCUUCAUGUCUUAAAGUAAUGAUGGGCUGUCGUUUCUCUUUGCUUAUUUGAGCUGUUCUUGCCAUAAUAUGGACUUGGUCUAUUACCAAAUAGGGCUAUCUUCUGUAUACCACCCCUACCUUGUCACAACAAAAAUGAUUGGCUCAAACGCAUUAAGAAGGAAAGAAAUUCCACAAAUUAACUUUUAACAUGGCACACCUGUUAAUUGAAAUGCAUUACAAGUGACUACCUCAUGAAGCUGGUUGAGAGAAUGCCAAGAGUGUGCAAAGCUGUCAUCAAGGCAAAGGGUGGCUACUUUGAAGAAUCUCAAAUAAAAAUAACACUUUUUUAGUUACUACAUGAUUCCAUAUGUGUUAUCUCAUAGUUUUGAUCUUCACUAUUAUUCUACAAUGUAGAAAAUAGUACAAAUAAAGAAAAACCCUGGUGUCCAAGCUUUUGACUGGUACUGUAUGUUGAUGUUGGGGUGGUGCUGGAGAUAAUGAAUAUGAAGUUGAACCUUUUGAAAUUUACUUUUAACCGUUUAAUAAUGAAAAGAGAAUGUCUUCAAAUUUAGACUUUUGCCCAGUGAGCUUUGCAGCCCAAAGGGCACUUAGCUAUGUUAGGUUAAACAGGGAGCUAAUGGCAAGUAAGGGACCUAACGGCUCCUCCUACGCCUAAUGGCUUAAGUGGCUCUAUGCCUCCUGCGGGCUGGGCGAGAGGUUGAUCUGCAUCUUCUGCCCACUGAACACAGACUAGUUGAAUCAACGUUGUUUCCACGUCAUUUCAAUGAAAUUAUGGUCCAUAGCCUGCUGGUUUUCUGUUCUACUUGAUCAUUAAUUGCUCCCACCUGGUGUCCCAGGUCUAGAUCAGUCCCUGAUUAGAGGGGAACAAUGAAAAAAGCAGUGGAACUGGCUUCCAGGUCCAGAGUUGAGUUUGAGGGAACUAGGCUAUAUUUUGUAAUGACUAGUACUAGUUAAUAAAGCCCUGAGUAAUUUUUUUUCUAUCAGGGUUUAUUGGGUUGGCCAAAGAAACAGAACACUAUUUACAUUUAAAAAUAAAUAGAUCACUAUUGCAUCAUGUCAGUGCCAUUAUGACAUAAGUUUUGGUCCCCAGGCAAUGCCUAUAAAAGCGCGGGUCUAGCCGCUCAGUGGGUGUAACAAUAAUCAUGGCCAGACGAUCCACCUCUCGCCCAGUCCGCAGGAGGCGUAGAGCCACUCGGGCUGUGAGGUGCAGUAGGUGCGUUGGCAGGAGGAGACGUUAGGUACCUUAACAAAAUGUGCACCCAGGGGGGGCCCCAGGACUGAGUUUGGGAAACCCUGCCUUAGCCAACUAGCCAUCACCUACCUAGGUACAGUGCUGUGAAUUUCUCUAUUUUUGCAUAUUUUUUAUACUGAAUGUUAUCAGAUCUUCAACCAAAACCUAAUAUUAGAUAAAGAGAACCUGUUUACAAAUAACAACAACAGAAAAUCUACUUAUUGAUUUAAUUAACAACCAAAUGCUUCCUGUAGUUGUUGAUCAGUCUCACGUUGCUGUGGAGGAAUUUUGGCCCACUCUUCCAUGCAGAACUGCUUUAACUCUACAGGAAGCGUUUGGUUGGAGUCAUUGCAGCUAAAGGUGGGACAUCCAGUUAUUAAGUGUAAGGGGGCAAUUAAUUUUUCACUUACUUUGUUUAUGAAAUAAAUGAUAUAAGUAUGGAAUUGUUGUUAUUUAUUCACUCAGGUUACCUUUAUCUAAUAUUAGGUUUUGGUUGAAGAUCUGAUAACAGCAUAAAAAAUAUGCAAAAGUAGAGAAAAAACAGGUCAAAUACUAUUUCACAGCACUGUAAGUGUCCUUUGGGCUGCAAAGAUCACUGGGGAAGGAUUUCUAAAUAAAAAUGAGGGCUUUUAACUAACUUUGAUGACUUUGUCUUUUUAUUAAUAGAUGGUUAAGAGUUUGUUUUAGGUGUACGAGUUAUGUUAAUUAGUGCUAUCUAGGCUUGCAGCGGGAUACCAAUCAGUCUGAGUUUGUUUGAGGCUGACGAGUUACAGGUAACUGCCAAAAUAAUGGAAACACUUGAGUAAAUGAGGGAUACAAAGUACACUACAUGGCCAAAAGUAUGUCCCUGUGGAUGAAGGCAUUGUCAUCCUAUUGGGUCAUAGCCAUGGUAGGCAAAAUAAUAGCCUGCCCAGAAUUUUUAAACAUGACGACCUAAGCAUAAUGGGAUGUUAAUUGCUUGGAUGCACCUGCUUUCAACAAUAUACACUACAUGACCAAAAGUAUGUGGACACCUGCUCGUCGAACAUCUCAUUCCAAAAUCAUGGGAAUUAAUAUGGAGUUGGUCCCCCCUUUGCUGCUAUAACAGCCUCCACUCUUCUGGGAAGGCUUUCCAUUAGAUGUUGGAACAUUGCUGCAGGGACUUGCUUCCAUUCAGCCACUAGAGCAUUAGUGAGGUCGGGCACUGAUGUUGGGCAAUUAGGCCUGGCUCGCAGUCGGCGUUCCAAUUCAUCCCAAAGGUGUUCGAUGGGGUUGAGGUCAGGGCUCUGUGCAGGCCAGUCAAGUUCUUCCACACCGAUCUCGACAAACCAUUUCUGUAUGGACCUCGCUUUGUGCACGGGGGUAUUGUCAAGCUGAAACAGGAAAGGGCCUUCCCCAAACUGUUGCCACAAAGUUGGAAGCACAGAAUCGUCUAGAAUGUCAUUCAUUGUAUGCUGUAGCAUUACGAUUUCCCUUCACUGGAACUAAGGGGCCUAGCCCGAACCAUGAAAACAGCCCCAGACCAAUAUUCCUCCUCCAUCAAACUUUACAGUUGGCACUAUGCAUUGGGGCAGUUAGCGUUCCCCUGGCAUCCACCAAACCCAGCUUCGUCCGUCGGACUGGCAGAUGGUGAAGUGUGAUUCAUUACUCCAGAGAACGCAUUUCCACUGCUACAGAGUCCAAUGGCGGCGAGCACAUGGUGAUCUUGGCCAUGGAAACUCAUUUCAUGACGCUCCUGACGAACAGUUCUUGUGCUGAUGUUGCUUCCAGAGGCAGUUUGGAACUUGGUAGUGAGUGUUGCAACCGAGGACAGGCGAUUUUUACACGCUACGCGCUUCAGCUUUCGGCAGUCCCGUUCUGUGAACCGUUGUUGCUCCUAGACAUUUCCACUUGACAAUAACAGCACUUACAGUUGACCGGGGCAGCUCUAGCAGGGCAGAAAUUUGCCAACCUGACUUGUUAGAAAGGUGGCAUCCAAUGACGGUGCCACAUUGAAAGUCACUGAGCUCUUCAGUAAGGCCAUUCUACUGCUAAUGUUUGUUUGUCUAUGGUGUUUGCAUGGCUGUGUGCUCGAUUUUAUACAGCUGUCCACAUACUUUUGUGUAUAUAUAGUGUAUUUGACAUUUGAAACAGGACUUUGUAUUAUUGUUAGUUAAAACCCUCAUAUCAGGUCAAAUGUGUGGCUAAAUUUACACAAAUCGGUCCAUUCUUGUGGGAGGAGAUCACUGUACUCUCCAGUGGCGUUUAGAGAAAUAUAAUAUGCAAAGAUGGAAAAUAAGUAUUUCUUGUCCUUGUGCAGGUUGUGGGACUGGGCAACCCUGGAAUGAACGGUUCGCGCCACAGCGUGGGCAUGGCAGUGCUCGAAGCACUUGCUGCCCGGCUUGGGUUAGCUGAAAGCUGGCAUGGUGAUAGGCACGUGUCUGGUGCGGUCAUCGUAUCUGACAUCCAGGACAUCCAAAUCGUGCUUCUCCGACCACGACUACUGAUGAACAUGAACGGUGGCCAAAGCAGGUGUGGAUUCUUGUGUCUACUUGAUGUCUUUUGACAUUUUAUAAAUUUUCAAUUUUGACUGUCAGAGUAAUUAUGACAAAAGUGAGCUAUUCCUACUGUAAAUUCAUUGUUCAUGAUAUUGUUUUGUUUUAAUGACCUUGAAUCAAGCGAGCAAAUACAGCAUCAAGCCUGAGCACAUCCUCCUGGUUCAUGAUGAGUUGGACAAGACCCUUGGGAAGCUUGCCAUGAAACAAGGAGGGAGCGCCUGGUGAGUUGAUUCCCAGACAGUUAUCGGCAUUAGUAAUGAUGCCAUCUGACAACAAUGUGAUCCUCCCAACUUUGUGCUCCUUCUAUAUGUUGUUGAUUGACAGGGGUCACAAUGGUGUACGGUCCUGUGUUGAGUGUCUGCAGACUGAUGUAAGUAGCUUUCCACACAGACAAAUACUCUCCCUUCCCACAUUGGGAGGAAUUGAGAGAUGACUGUUCCCUUUGACACAUUUUGGGAAAGUGUUAGACAAUCCAGAGAAAUGUCAUGUCUGUCAAAGGGAACUGGUGUCUUAAAGGGGAGGGGAGGGUAAGAGCAGAGUAAAAAGACACAUUUAUUUCUCAAGAUAGACAAAGUACUAUUCUAUCUUGUGCCCUCCAGGUGAUGCCCAGACUGCGUGUUGGGAUUGGCAGACCAUCGGGUAAAACAUCAGUGCACCGGCAUGUUCUGGGCCGCUUCUCUCAGGAGGAGCAGAAGAUUCUCAUCGGGGUUCUAGAACAGAGUGUGGACAUUCUCCUCUCCCAGCUCACUGACAAGGAGGAUGUGCAGUCCCCACUGUUGCCACCAGGAGGCAGACCAGCAUUACAGACUGGGAAACAGAGGGUGUGCUCAAUCUUUCCACCAAAGGACACAACUGGCCAGACAUGAGACUGACAAGAGACUUUGACAGAGCCAGUGAAGCUAUGACUGCACUCUGGGAUAGUAGCUUUGCUGCUGAUGAAACAAAGCUGCAUCUUGCAGAAACAUGAAAGUGUGAACAUGUUUUUAAUUAUUGGGACUUGUAUGUGAAAUAAAUACAAUGUAAGCACACUGCGUUUCAAAGACAAAUAAUGUACAUAUGCAUAAGAUAAUCAUUGCAUAUCUCCUAGAAUGGUAUAAAUUCUACCACUUGUGGAUGGCUUGUGGUGGUCUAAUUAUGUGCAAGGUCCAAGGAGAGACCAAGACUUGAUAUUACAAUGAUUAAACAAUAAAACCAUCAUAUCAAUAGCGGUGAGAAAAAAUGGAACUAGUGGUGAAUGAACUGAGGUAUAACCAGAGGGUUUCCUGAUAACAUAACCUGUUCCACUCAUGUUGCAGCCACUCCUGAAAGCUUCCAAAAGCCUCACAUAUUUUAAGCUCAUUCUCUUUGCUGUAUUAACUGGUUCAACAUAUUGAUUCCAUCCUUUAAUUCUCAGCCUAUAACCACACUUCAUCAACGAGUGUUCUUAAUGAAAAGUAGCAAUUGGUCAAGAAGUGGAGCAUUCUCACCACAGUGAAUACCAGAGCCCACAAAAACUGAGAAAAGAGCAUAUAAAAAGUACGUAAAGAGACAAGAGUGAGAGAAAGGAAAAGCGGUACAAUGGGCCGAAUAGAUAGCGAUGCAGGGCGAAAGAAAGGGCGGGGGAGAAAACAAUGGGGGCCAAACAUUGUAGGAUAGGGCUGUUUGAAGCCUUCUGUUUGGCCGUAGCUCAGAGUCACAACAAAGCAUCAGGGACACACUUGUGGAUGUGGGGAAUGGGACUCAAAAGGAAUCUCUCCACUCAUGACAGACCCCCACCUCUCUACCCCGUUCGCUUUCUCUUGUGUGACCCCCCUUGAGCCAGUCCCUCCCCCACCAGGGCACUUUCCCAGCCCCUCUGAGUGGUCAGCCUAGGAGAGUGCAGUGGUGGCCUCAAUAACUUUUCUCUGAAAGGUCAGAGGUCACUCAUAAGGCUGGACACUAGGCUAAUUUAUUCAGGAAUGGUUUUCCCUCCUCAGCAGCUAUAGGCUGAGCUUCACUAUCCCAAAGCACAGUGGGGGGUCUUCCCCUAAGCACACAUACAGUGAGGAAAACAAGUAUUUGGUCAGCCACCAAUUGUGCAAGUUCUCCCACUUAAAAAGAUGAGAGAGGCCUGUAAUUUUCAUCAUAGGUACACGUCAACUAUGACAGACAAAUUGAGAUUUUCUCUCUCCAGAAAAUCACAUUGUAGGAUUUUUAAUGAAUUUAUUUGCAAAUUAUGGUGGAAAAUAAGUAUUUGGUCACCUACAAACAAGCUAGAUUUCUGGCUCUCACAGACCUGUAACUUCUUCUUUAAGAGGCUCCUCUGUCCUCCACUCGUUACCUGUAUUAAUGACACCUGUUUGAACUUGUUAUCAGUAUAAAAAACACCUGUCCACAACCUCAAACCGUCACACUCCAAACUCCACUAUGGCCAAGACCAAAGAGCUGUCAAAGGACACCAGAAACAAAAUUGUAGACCUGCACCAGGCUGGGAAGACUGAAUCUGCAAUAGGUAAGCAGCUUGGUUUGAAGAAAUCAACUGUGGGAGCAACUAUUAGGAAAUGGAAGACAUACAAGACCACUGAUAAUCUCCCUCGAUCUGGGGCUCCACGCAAGAUCUCACCCGUGGGGUCAAAAUGAUCACAAGAACGGUGAGCAAAAAUCCCAGAACCACACGGGGGGACCUAGUGAAUGACCUGCAGAGAGCUGGGACCAAAGUAACAAAGCCUACCAUCAGUAACACACUACGCCGCCAGGGACUCAAAUCCUGCAGUGCCAGACGUGUCCCCCUGCUUAAGCCAGUACAUGUCCAGGCCCGUCUGAAGUUUGCUAGAGUGCAUUUGGAUGAUCCAGAAGAGGAUUGGGAGAAUGUCAUAUGGUCAGAUGAAACCAAAAUAGAACUUUUUGGUAAAAACUCAACUCGUCGUGUUUGGAGGACAAAGAAUGCUGAGUUGCAUCCAAAGAACACCAUACCUACUGUGAAGCAUGGGGGUGGAAACAUCAUGCUUUGGGGCUGUUUUUCUGCAAAGGGACCAGGACGACUGAUCCGUGUAAAGGAAAGAAUGAAUGGGGCCAUGUAUCGUGAGAUUUUGAGUGAAAACCUCCUUCCAUCAGCAAGGGCAUUGAAGAUGAAACGUGGCUGGGUCUUUCAUUAUGACAAUGAUCCCAAACACACCGCCCGGGCAACGAAGGAGUGGCUUCGUAAGAAGCAUUUCAAGGUCCUGGAGUGGCCUAGCCAGUCUCCAGAUCUCAACCCCAUAGAAAAUCUUUGGAGGGAGUUGAAAGUCCGUGUUGCCCAGCGACAGCCCCAAAACAUUACAUUUACAUUAUUUAGCAGACGCUCUUAUCCAGAGCGACUUACAGGAGCAAUUAGGGUUAAGUGCCUUGCUCAAGGGCACAUCGACAGAUUUUUCACCUAGUUGGCUCGGGGAUUAGAACCAGCGACCUUUCGGUUACUGGCACAACGCUCUUAACCACUAAGCUACCUGCCGCCCCCGACAUCACUGCUCUAGAGGAGAUCUGCAUGGAGGAAUGGGCCAAAAUACCAGCAACAGUGUGUGAAAACCUUGUGAAGACUUACAGAAAACGUUUGACCUGUGUCAUUGCCAACAAAGGGUAUAUAACAAAGUAUUGAGAAACUUUUGUUAUUGACCAAAUACUUAUUUUCCACCAUAAUUUGCAAAUAAAUUCAUUAAAAAUCCUACAAUGUGAUUAUCUGGAUUUUUUUUCCUCAUUUUGUCUGUCAUAGUUGACGUGUACCUAUGAUGAAAAUUACAGGCCUCUCUCAUCUUUUUAAGUGGGAGAACUUGCACAAUUGGUGGCUGACUAAAUACUUUUUUCCCCCACUGUAUGUGCUAAGACCAGGGAUACACAACAAGGCAGGGAGGGGGGAUGGACACACACACAAACUGCAUUCUUGACACUCCCAAUUGCGGACCCUUAGAGAUUUCUUGAGGUUGAGGUGAGUUUAAAGUGGAUUCGUUAUUCACCAUGAUCCCCAAUAGACAGUGAUGGGGAGUAGUGAACUACAUGUAGUUCAACUAGUAAUUUAAUUACAUUUGCUGUGCUUGGUGGUAGUUGAACUAAAUUAAGAUAUUGGUAGUGUUUUCAGCAGUUAAUAACUUGUUUGCCAUGUAGUGGUGUAGCUAUAACUACUGGAACUACACACUACUAAUAAAUAAAUAAAAAUUUGUCAUCAGACCAGCCUCAUUCUCACUUAAAACAUUGUUUUUGUGUUUGAUAGACUAAAUUACACAUUCUGUUCAAGAUGAAAUCCUUAGUUGUUAUAUCAAUUUUUGGACUUAUAAAUUAUAAAUUAAUAUAAUGUAUAAAUGCCUCAUGAGCUUAGUUCAACUGUCGUACCCAUCAGAACCCAAAAUAUAAGCUUGUUUUACUCCAAUGUUUGUAAACAAUGUAAAUGUAAACAAACACUGUAUAUCCUGGUUAAAACAAAAAUGUUGAUAUCUUGGAUGGUCAGUCUUGCAUUCAUAGCUUUGUUUAUGAAUUGGAGAGUCAUUACAUUUCUCCAGGCCCAUCCCUCAGCUUUUGACCAUAACAGAGGCGGGGUCAACCGUUUUCUAGCUUUAACCCCAAAGUGAUCUGUUCUUGCAAUUUGUACUCUAUGACAUUUCAUAUUUACAUAUAUUAGUUAUUCAUAAAGUAGUUUAGAUGUAGUGAACUACUUUUUCAAAGUAACUAUAUUUUUUUAAAGGGUAGCUUUAGUGUAGUUUAACUUAUUCCAGUGUGAAGUAAUUGGUAGCUUGGCAAGCUAUAUUUUCAGAGUAGCUUUCCAACACUGACCUGGGAACAAUAAUAACUUAAUAUGGACAUGAUCAGUACAGGAAUCUGGAUGGAAUUGACUGGUUGUAAAGGUGAACUUUCUCAACAAAGCCCUUUGUAAUUAUCAAGGAGGAUACUGUCUGUCUUCCCACUCCUUGGGAUAUGACUGUGAAGCUAAGCCUAAUGGUUUAGUGCAGGACCUUAUAUUGAGGCUCCUGUUUAGGGAUGCCAUAUGUCACAGCCAGCCACCCUCACCUAGCUUAUUGUGGCCCCUAUACCCUCGUUACCUAGCAACUGUGCAGUAUUGGCAUGCUGUUUUAAGUCCAGAGAAAGGUGAACAUGACAAGAGAAGUGAAAACAAGAGGAUUCCCCAGUUCUACUGACUCACAGAGAGGCUUGGAGCCUAAAUGUGUUUACACAUUCACCUAAAUACUGUGAAGGUUUCUCCCUAUCAACAAAAGAACACAGACGGUCACAGAAAAUAUACUGUAGAUAUGAUAACUUGAUGAGUUAGGCUACACUGAGAUGCACAGAUCAUGGGCUAUGGGCCUGGUUUGUAUAUUAUUGCAUCUGUUAUAGGCGUACAAAACAGGAUGAACUUUAAUGAAAGUAAGGGAAUGUAAAGAGAAUGUGUUUCCAAUAAGAGGGCCAAAUGUUUGGGCCUAGCAUAUACACUGCUCCAAAAAAU